AUGGCCGUGUCCGGCGAGGCAGAAGAGGAGGCAGCAGUUUAUUUAGUCGUGAGCGGUAUCCCCUCGGAGUUGCGGUCAGCCCAGCUUCGGAGCUACUUUAGCCAGUUCCGGGAACAGCGCGACUGUGGCUUCCUCUGUUUCCAUUACCGGCAUCGGCCUGAGCGGGCCCCUCCCCAGGCUGCUCCCGACUCUACCCCAACUCCUAUCCGCGAGGGUCUUGCCCAGACGUCACUCAACGAUGCCGGUGCUCUCUCCACUCAGGACUCUAACCCCACCCGGACCCGCAGCUGCUGCUGUGUUGUAUCUGUACGGGGGGCCGCUCAAGCCCAGAGGUUUCUCCGCAUGUACUCGGGCCGCCGGUGGCUGGAUUCUCAGGGGACUUGGUUACCUGGUCGUUGUUUCAUCCGCAGACUUCGGUUACCUACUGAGGCAUCAGGUUUGGGCUCCUUUCCCUUCAGGACCCGGAAGGAACUGCAGAGUCACACGGCUAAGAGUGAAGCCUUCACACUGGCCGACCUGAGGCAGCUGCCAGAGCUGAAUCCACCGGUGCUGAUGCCCAAUGGGAAUGUGGGCACUCCCCUGCGGGUCUUUUUGGAAUUGAUUAGGGCCUGCCGCCUACCCCCUCGGAUCAUCACCCAGCUUCAGCUCCAGUUCCCCAAGACAGGUUCCUCUCGGCGCUAUGGCAAUGUGCCCUUCACUUAUGAGGACUCAGAGACUGUGGAGCAGGAAGAGUUUGUGUACACAGCCGAGGGUGAGGAAAUACCCCAGGGAAGCUGCUUGGCAGACAUACCAUCCAACUCCUGUGAAGAGCCAGAGGAAGAAGAGGAAGAAGAGUCACACUCAGAUGAUGACGAUGACCGGGGUGAGGAGUGGGAGCGGCACGAGGCACUGCAUGAGGACGUGACGGGGCAGGAGCGGACCUCUGAGCGGCUCUUUGAGGAGGAGAUCGAGCUCAAGUGGGAGAAGGGCGGCUCCGGCCUGGUGUUUUACACUGACGCCCAGUUCUGGCAGGAGGAGGAAGGAGACUUUGAUGAACAGACAUCUGAUGACUGGGAUGUGGACAUGAGCGUGUACUACGACACAGAUGGUGGAGACAAAGACGCCCGAGACUCUGUCCAAAUGCGUCUAGAACGGAGGCUCCGUGAUAGCCAGGAGGCUGGCUCUGUGAUCAGACACCAGGUGGGCACCUUCGAGCGCCAUACCAAGGGCAUUGGGCGGAAGGUGCUGGAACAGCAGGGCUGGGCUGAGGGCCAGGGCCUGGGCAGCCAGUGUUCAGGCGUGCCCGAGGCCCUGGAUAAUGACGGCCAGCACCCCAGAUGCAAGCGUGGAUUGGGGUACCAUGGAGAGAAGCUCCAGACAUUUGGGCAACCGAAGAGGCCCCGUGGAACUGGCUUGGGGCUCAUCUCCACCGUCUACGAUGAGCCCCUACCCCAGGACCAAGGAGAGCUGCUGCUCCGCCGCCAGCCACCCACCAGCAUGAAGUUUCGCACAGACCUGGCUUUUGUGAGGAGUUCCAGCCGUGCCUUGAACAGCCUUUCAGAGCUUGAGUGA